AUGAAAAUUUGCAUUCAAAGACAUUUUGCUUUUUUUUCCUCACCAAAUUCAAUCCAGUUUCGACAGAAACUGACGCCGAAAAUGUGGAAGCGCGAGGAAGUGCUCAUGUUGCUCGAUAUCUACGAAGCAACAUUUCUGCAAUCAAGCAAUGAAAGUGAGGACGAGCUAUGGAACACCGUGUCGCUAAAGCUGAACGAACAGGAAAUCCAAGCGUCUCCAGCGCACUGUAAAAGCAAAUGGAAUUUACUGUACAAGGCGUACAUGGCCAAUCCCGACAGUCAGGGUGCUUUCUUCAAGAAAGUGAAGCAAAUAGUGGAAGUUUUUGCGAAAAUGGAAGCAAUCGAUGAAAUAGAAGAAGCAGAACUGUUUAAGGAAGAAAGACUUGAUGCUGUUAGUGAGGAAGAGGUUGAAAAUUCGGAAGCCCCACAAAUAAACUCCGAUUCUUUUACGGUGGAAAGAGUCACAGAAUCACCGACCAUCACUGAAACUGUGGGUGUCCACACGUUAAUCGAAAAGUUAUGUCGCAAGAUCGAUGCCCUUACCGAGAUACAGUGCCGACAAGAAGUACAAUUAGAAGAGGUUUACAAAAUGCAAAGAGCUAAUCAAAAUCAUUUAUUGGAAAUCAAGAAACAUCUAAAUAUACUUUAA